UACAUACUGAGCCCCUCAGCUCAGAGAGUUCCCACCCAGCAGCAGCGAGAACCAAAAUCUCUGCCACAAGGGAACAGGGGACCAGACAUUUAAGGAACCUGUGACUCCUGGUGGCCUCACUAUUGGGGAAAAGGAAGAAAGAGACUGGCCAGUUUACAGCCCAGGCAAUAACUGCGCCUCCAAAGCCGUGAACACAGCAUCUGAGGGUUAGGAGAGACUGGUCACGCAAAGGUGAGUGCCCACGCCUGAUGUCACCAUGACGACCGUUCAUAAGCAGAUGGUGCAGGAACAUGUGUCCAUGGAGUUCUCCAGCUCCACUACCCAUGUGCAGACCUUCUCUCAGACAACCAAGAUCGCGGGAGAGGAAGUCGUGACAAGGAAGUCCUCAAGCACUGUAGAGUUCUUCAGUUUGGUGACUCGGAGUUCCAACAUCCCUGAGGGCCAGAGCGUCCCUGAGUUCAUGGAGAAGCCUCAUCCAGUCACUGCAUCUGAGGGAGAUAAAGCUGUGUUCCGAGCCCAGGUGAAGGGGAACCCCAAACCCAACAUCUCCUGGAAGAGGGAAAGUGGCAUCCCCAUCAAGGAGUCGGCCAAGAUGUUCUACGACAGUAUUAACAAGGAACACGUGCUGAAGCUGGAGCCACUGACGUUGGAUGACUCUGACAACUACAAGUGCAUUGCGAGCAAUGACCAUGCAGAUGCCAUCUACACCGUGUCCUUGCUGGUGACAGAAAGUCAAGAUAAACUGGAUUUCAAAAAGAUGUUGAAGAAGAGGGCUCCCCCUGCUCCCAAGAAGAAGCAGAAGAAGGUGACAGAUGAGAAAGAGAUGCUGGAGAUUUUGUCCAAGGUGCCCAAGAAAGACUUCGAGAAGGUCUGCAUAGAGUAUGGUUUCACUGACUUCCGGGGACUGCUCAAGAAGCUCAAAGGGAUGAAGAAAGUAGAAGUGGAGGCCAUCCGGAUUCUGAAGCCCCUGGAAGAUAUAGAGACCAAGGUUGACACCACCGUGUGCUUUGAAUGCAUCAUGGAGCUGAAGGACGCCAAUAUGAAAAUGACAUGGGUCAAGGGUAAUGAACCACUGAGGAUCCAGUACUCCCUGGGAAAGUACGAUGUGAAGCAGAUGGGCACCAAGUACAUGCUGGUUAUUACCAACGUGACUAUGAAUGAUGCAGGCAUCUACAGCCUGUCCGUGGGUGACAAACGGAUGACUGCUGAGCUCAAAGUGCUGGAUGAGCCACUGAAGUUCUUGGGAGAGAUGAAGCCAGUGAAGGUGACAGAGCGCCAGACAGCUGUGUUUGAGAUCCGCCUCUCCAAGAAAGUGCCCGAUUUUGUGUGGAAGUUCAAUGGGAAGGAGCUGAAGAGGGAUGAAAAGUAUGAAAUCACAGUGUCCGAGGAUGGUCUGACCCACACACUUAAGAUUAAGGAUGCUAGACUCAGUGACAGCGGCGAGUUCUCUGCCGAGGUGGGGGACCUGGUACAGAAGGCCCAGCUCACUAUUGACCGCAUCCCCAUCAAGUUUGUGAGCACCCUCAAGAAUGUACGUGUGAAAGAGAAGAGCCGUGCAUGCCUUGAGUGUGAGCUGACAUCCAAGGAUGUGACGCUGCGCUGGAAGAAGAACGGGCAGCUGCUGGAGCGUAGCACCAAGUACAGCAUGAACCACGAGGGCAAGCGAGCAGAGCUGAUCAUUGACGAUGCACAGCUCAGUGACGGGGGCGAGUACACUGUGGUGGCCAUGCAGGACGGAGACCCCACUGAGUACUUCAGUACUGCCAUGGUCACCGUAGAGGAGCGUCUGGCCACGGUGAAGAGCGGGAUGUCCGACGUGCACGCGGCCACCGGGAGCCCCGCGGAGCUGUGCGUAGUACUGAACGACGAGAAGGUGGAGGGCGUGUGGCUGAAGGACGGCAAGGAGAUCACGGAUUUGCCCGGCGUGCAGAUCGUGAAACAGGGUGCCGUGCACAAGCUCAUCUUUCCCAAUAUGGGCCCGGAGCACGAGGGCAAGUACACUUUCCGGGCAAAGGGCGCAGAGAGCGAAGCCUCGGUAUUCGUUGCAGAUCCUCCAACCAUCGACCCAUCGGUGCUGGAAGCGUUGGCCGCGCACCCCGUGACCGUGAAGGUGGGCCACACGGCAAACAUCAAGGUGCCCUUCCGGGCAAAGCCGCUGCCCAAAGUGACAUGGUACAAAGACGGCGUGGAGGUGACAGAGGAAGAACGCGUGUCCAUGGAGCGCAGAGAAGACCAGGCGCUGCUCACCAUUUCCAACUGCGUGCGCGAGGACAGUGGCCUUGUCCUGCUCAAGCUCAAGAACGACCACGGCUCAGCCACAGCCACUGUGCACCUUAACGUGCUGGACCGUCCCAAGCCUCCCCAGGGCCGGGUGGAGUUCCUGGAGCUCUCGGGUAAUUGUGUGCAGAUGAAAUGGAAGGCUCCAAAGGACAACGGUGGGCGGCCUGUGACCCAGUUCAUAGUGGAACGGAGGGCAGUCGGCAAAAAGUCCUGGGUUAAAAUAGGCGAAGUGGACAGCAAAGUCACCACGUUCUCUACCAACAAAGUGGAGGAGGGCAAAGCCUACCAGUUUCGUAUCCUGGCGGUCAAUUCGGAAGGAGUGAGCGAUCCACUGGAGACAGACGAAGUGUUUGCAGGAAAUCCUAUUGAGCCCCCUGGUCUUGCCUCCCAGCCUCAAGUGACUGACGUGACCAAAGAGGCCGUGACCAUCACAUGGAAUGCCCCCACCCAGGAUGGGGGAGCCCCAGUGCUCGGCUACAUUGUGGAGCGGAGGAAGAAAGGCAGUAACUUGUGGGUGCCAGUCAACAAGGACCCCAUCCAGGACACCAAGUGCACAGUGGAUGGUCUCCUGGAGGAUACAGAAUAUGAAUUCCGAGUUAUAGCUGUGAAUAAGGCAGGCCCCGGACAUCCCAGUAUGCCAUCCAACUCAGUGGUGGCCAAAGACCCUGUCAAACCGCCAGGCCUGGUGCAGGGCCUGCACGUGUCUGAUUCGUCCAACUCCAGCAUCUCCCUGGCCUGGCGGGAGCCUGCGGAGGGAGACCCGCCCUCUGGCUACAUCCUUGAGAUGCGGGCUGAAGACACCAAGGAGUGGUCCAAGUGCACAAAGAUCCCCAUCUCAGGCACCUGCUACACGGUGGGAGGCCUCACUGAGAGGCAGAAAUACUUCUUCCGAAUCCGGGCUGUGAACGAGGCUGGGGUUGGGGAGCCUGUGGAGUUGGAUGACGGGGUCCGUGCUAUGCCACCACCAGCUGCCCCCAAGUUUGACCUCAGUGCCCGGCUGAAAAGUCACAUGGUGGUUCGUGCUGGGACAGCCCUCUGCAUCCAUGCCGCCUUCUCCGGCUCACCACCACCCAACGUGAUCUGGCAGAGAGAUGGCAUUCCCACCAAGGGCAGGGAAGCCAUCACCAAAGGCAAAAACUACUCCCAGUUCCUCAUCAAUAGCACCAAGCGCUCCGACUCCGGGGUGUACCGCAUCUUGCUCCAGAAUGAGUUUGGAGAGGCACACUAUGACAUCCAUGUGCGAGUGGCAGAUAUACCACGGCCACCCACAAACCUACAGCUGUUUGAGGAGGUCCCCAAUACGGUGACUCUGACCUGGAACCACAGCCCUGACGUGCAGGAGGAUGGUGAGGCCCACUAUGUCAUCUUGAAACGGGAUGCCAGCACUGCCACCUGGUUCACAGCUGCAGAACGCGUCUUCAGCAACAAGUACACAGUUACCGGCUUGCUCCCUGGCAGGAAGUACUACUUCCGAGUGCUGGCCCGGAACGAAAUUGGUGACAGUGACCCACUCGACUCCAAGGAUACUUGGCUCGUCAACAAGGACAAGAUCGAGGACCUGAGCUCCAAGCUGAAGCCAUACCAGAAGAAGGACUGGCGCCACGCGCCUCGCUUCCUGACCCCGCUCAAGCCACACACAGUGCUGCGCGGCCAGGACUGCACCAUGACCUGCGCCUUCCUUGGGAACCCGCGGCCCACUGUGACCCUCUACAAGGGCGAAGUCAACAUCACAGCCAACUCCAAGUUCUGGUACAACUCCACCAGUGGCGUAUGUACACUUGUCAUCCCCACCUGCACACUCAAAGACAGUGGCGAGUACAGCGUGCUGGUGGAGAACGAGCUGGGCAAGGACCGCAGCAGCUGCACGCUCACCGUCUAUGAUAAAGAUGACAAGUCAAUUCUAGCAUCAGUCACGGAGAGUCUGCAGAAGAAAUCAAAGUACCUUAUGUGAGCUCCAGCCCAUCCCGGCAUCGGGCGGACGUUGUGAUGUGGGACUCCUUGGCCUGUCUCGGGCAUGGUCCCCAUGAGGGAAGCCCACUUUGCUCUGUGGUGCUUGUCAAUGUCAACAUCCAGUGAAGGGAUGGGACAAUAAAUGACUGAGCUCACCCCUGCCUGUUCCUGAGGGUGGUGUACAGCCUGGACCUAGGGGUUGGAAAUGGGCGUGGGGCGGGGAUGCACAAAACCCAGAGCUCAGAGCCUGGUCCACACCCACCCACAUGGGGAGGGGCCAGCUCCCCUGUGACUGGGCCUUGACUUGCCUUCUCUCCUCUCAGGGCAUGGAUAGGCAAGUGUCGCCAGAUUCAUCCUUCUCCCCAUCCUGCUCUGUCCCAUUUCUUUAGACUGGGCAGGUCUGUCGUCAGAGUUCAGGGUUUAUGGGAUCAGGACCUUGCCUCUUAUGUGUGUAGGGUUCCCACUCUUUGAGGACUAGAGCAUCUCAGAGCUACAAAGGAUUAGUCAUCCAGCUCUAGCUUUCAAAUUUAGGUUUUGCAGCAGAAUCCUUCCUUUUUAAAAAAAAUCUUAAGAAGCUACUGGACUUGAAACAAAAGAUAGGGGUCUUUGAGCCUCCUUCCUCUACUGAUUCUUUUUCUAUCUUCUACCAGGGAUUUCUGUAAAAAAAAAAAAAAAAUCCUUGCUUGAAAAUCACUGAUUCAUCCAACACCCACAUGGGACUUUGAGUCUCCUAUCACAUCCCCGCAACUAUGCAACCUAUCUACUAAUGGCACAUUCACCACCACCCAAGGCUUCCCUUUCAAAUUCUGGGUCAGGGCACUGCCCAUUAAGAUGCAAAUGUCCCUGGAGUGGGGGGGACACAUUAUUCUGCCAGGGCUUCACAUCCAAAGUAUGAAUCACCCAGUCUAAUCCCAUUCCUCCCAUCUGUUCAACUGAGCCCAGAGUCCAAGGAGAGAGAAGAUGCUGGAAGGGAAUCUGGAUUGUGUCGGAGCAGGCAGCAGGUCUGGGGUUAGGAAGGGAGGAGGUGGGCAGCAGGAAGACACUGGGGAACCUGAUGCACAGGCAAGCGCAUCAAGGACAAAUGUGGACAGUGGCGACUACUACCCAUCCCCCAUCCUCCUGAACUACAUCCUCACCCACACACACGUGACUGGUCAAGUGAGACCCACUCCAA